CACGAAUUCUCCUAUCAGAUUAGAGGCGCGUGUGUUAGAGGGCACGCUUUAAAAUCCAGAUUAGUGACAUUUGUGGGAAUGGCAGUGCUGCAUUCACACACAGUGGCCUUCGUUUAAAUGACCCCUCUCGCUGUCUCGGUGGCCGGAGAGCUCCGCCGUCAUGGAGGAAGGAAUAGGGAGCCUCAAAUAAACUUUAGCCAGCAGGCGAGCUAGGCUAGGCUAGGCUAGGAACCAGUGGACGUCUGUGUGCUUUAAUUAUUUAUCUGUCUAGCUCCAUAGAUAACAUAUUAAAUGGUGUGUGCUGUUGUGAACAAUACAAGAGGAUUAACACUGGAUUAAAUACAUAGGUUUGAGUCUACUGUCCCGGCAUGGGGGACAUGAAGACCCCCGAUUUUGAUGACUUGCUGGCAGCGUUUGAUAUUCCUGAUAUUGAUGCCAAAGAGGCUAUACAGUCAGCGCCUGAAGACGUAGAGGGACACCAGGGUUCAAGCAGUGGAUCUCUCUCAAAAUCAGGAGAGAGUGGAGCUGGAGGAAAUUCAACCCUUAGUGCCCCCAGCCCAGCCACAGAUCCACAGAGUGACCCCUCUAUUGUUAGUGUAAUUGUUAAGAACCGUGUGCGAACCGAAGCCGUAGACAGUGGUGAUGUACCAUUGUCAGAACCACUUAACCAUAAUGGAUUUGUGUCCUCAAGUGGGCCAGCUCAUCUUUCUCAGUCCCGUAGCCAGCCGAAUGGGGAGCAGUGGCCAUUGUGUACUUCAAAAGUGAAUUCAGAAGCCACUGGAUCCACUAACACUUCCAAACAGGGCAGCAACAUAUUCAAUAAGUUGAAACCUUUGAUGGCACAGGGAGCUGGAGACCCUGUUGGAAGGGCCAGGAAAAUGCAGCUUUUGCAGCAGCAACAGCACUUGCAGCAAGAAUCUGGUUCAGAGGGAGUUGACAAAGCAAAAGCUGCUGUUAUUCCUGGUGGCACAAGUGGAGCAGCUUCCCCGUUUUUUCCUCCUCCCAAACCUUAUCUCCCAACUCUCACCACAGUUCCUUCUUCGUCACCCUCAUCUUCGUCUCCUUCUGUUGGAUCUCGUGUAUUAGGGGCUGUUGCCUCUUCGCCACUUGCCACAAGCUUGACAGAACCAUUUAACGGAACUCCACGCCAUGGUUCAUCUGGAUACAGGCGUGUGGACUCAGAGGAGGAGGAUUCAGAUCCUGAUUCUGGGGGUUCAUUAGUCAUCCAAGAAAGUCCCGGUUCUCCCACUUCCCCAAAACGUUCACGCAGGCUCAGAUCUCCUGCUGAGAAUUCAGAGUCUCCGUCACUCCCUAAUUCAGCACCCAUGUCCUCUGCCACAUAUCCCAAACCAGGGGAUGUCCCAUUGGCCUCACCGGCAUCCCCUCAAGCGCAACAGAAUUGGACUUCCUCACCUGCUCAGACAGGGACUGCAAAGAGCCCACCACCAGAAGAGCGAAACCCUGAGCAUGUCAUUGAGGAGCGAGACUCUCCAGAAAGUCCAGAGCCUGAGAUCCCCAAAACUACAGUGACUAUGUCUGCAGCCUCCAAGAAAUCUUCCAGCCCAGCAGUGGCUACUUCACCACCUCCAGGCCUCCGAGAGCCAAAGGAGGAAGAAGAGGAAAUGGAGGUGGCCAAAGGAACACAAGAAGAUAGUGGAGAUGAGCGUAAUUCAGAAAGCCAGGACAAUGGACAAAAAGAGGACGAAAAGAUGGAUGUGGAAGAUGAGAGUGAUUCGACUCAGUCUCCAGCAACACCUAACGUCAGUGCACCCAACCCUGGAAGAGGUGGAGGCACCCCAGCUGAUGGUGUUGCACCCUCAAGACCCCUCAAAGUCCGCAUCAAGACCAUUAAGACUCCCACAGGAAGCAUUACCCGAACCGUAACCCGUGUGGCAGGAAAAGGAGCUGCUGCUGCAGGUGCAGGCAAAGCCACGGACACUGCAAAGGUUCAACCAGGAGGUCGAACUGUUCCUGCCAACAGAGCCCGAAAAACAGAGCCCACAACUGGUCGAAUUGUGAAAGGUUCCAACCUCCCUGUAUCAACGUUAGAGGCCAGCAGUGCUAUGCUGGCAGCAGCGAGCAAAGCUCAAAAUAAAAUUCCUGUCUGCUCUGUCAAGACUAAAGUGUCCGCCACAGCCGUCAGUAUAACGAAAGCUGCCACCUUGCCUGUGACUCCUGCUGUUGGUGGCAUCAGUGUGCGUGCCACCACAGGUAGAACAACCAAUGGAGCUACCCCUAAUGUCCAUGUACCUUGCAAGCCAGCUUCAAUUGUCAACAGCACAGGAGCUGUAAUUUCUCGCAGCCAGUCAAGCCUGGUGGAAGCUUUCAACAAGAUCCUCAACAGCAAGAACUUGCUGCCCAGUUACCGUCCAGACCUCUCUACCCUGCCACCCCCAGAAUGGGGGCUCCCCAUGCCAGCUACAGGCUACCGUUGCCUGGAGUGCGGCGAUGCCUUUGCCCUGGAGCGAAGCCUGGCACGGCAUUAUGACAGGCGGUCUUUAAGAAUUGAAGUUACUUGUAACCACUGUGCAAAGCGCCUGGCUUUCUUUAAUAAGUGCAGUCUGUUGCUGCACGCUCGAGAGCAUAAGGAGAGAGGACUUGUUAUGCAAUGCUCACAUCUGGUUAUGAGACCAGUUACUGUGGAACAGAUGAUUGGCCAACAGGACACCACUCCUAUCGGUAUGCUUUCACCCUCACCACAACUGUCGUCUCCCUCUAACCAAUCCGGAGUCCCACCUGCUUCCACCUCUAGUCCACUAAAGGAUUCCCCCACUCAAGCCACAGCUUCUACCCCUCUUAAUCCUGCUCGUCGUGCUCCUCAGAGUCCACAUGCCCUAAUGCCUCUUCCAUGCAAGAAGGGAGAGGUCUUGCAGUACCAUAAUUUCAAAUGUCCUGAAUGCCAGGUCCAGUUUUCAGGCAAGGCAGAGCUUGUGGCCCACUUUCAGCAAAUUAGAGCUACACAUAAUUCAACCUGUACGCUUUGUUCUCCUCCAAUGAUGCUCCCUAAUGGGUGUAGUGUGUCCGCUCAUCAGCGGAUCCAUAAACACCGGGCUCCUCAUGUAUGUCCAGAGUGUGGAGGCAUUGCUCGCCAAGCCAGUUUUCAAACCCAUCUCGAGGAAGCCUGUCUGCACUUCGCAAGACGCAUCGGCUACAGAUGCUCCAGCUGUCAGGUGGUGUUCGGUGGUCUGAACUCCAUCAAGUCUCAUAUUCAGACUGCUCAUUGUGAGGUGUUCCACAAGUGCCCCAAUUGUCCCAUGGCCUUUAAGUCUGCCUCCAGCGCCCAGGCUCACAUCAGCAGCCAGCACCCUACUCUCACCACUGCGCAGGCCAAGAUGAUUUACAAGUGCGUGAUGUGUGACACAGUCUUUACCCAGAAACCCUUGCUAUAUAUGCAUUUCGACACUCACCUGGCCAAGCAGAAAGUCCACGUGUUCAAAUGUCCAGACUGCACCAAAUUAUAUGCUCAGAAAGGUUCCAUGAUGGAACAUAUCAAGACUGCCCACAGAGGCCUGACAGGCAAAGCAGAAGCUCCCCCUGCUACCUCAGCCCCUGCCCCAGCCUCUACAGCUAACCCCAGCUUAAGAAGCAAACAGCCAGGAGUAACUGUUGGCUUUGAGGAGUGUGCCCAGGGACAAGGGGAGGAAGAGGAGAAAGAGGAAGAAGGGGAGGAGAAAGAGGAAGAGGAGGACGAGGAUGACGACAACGAUGAGGAAGAAGAGCAGCCGAGUUCUCCGGAGAGUGAAAGCAUGGAGUGGAGGUGCAAGAAAUGCAAGACGCGUUUCUCUGACAGAGAGGAUUACAUUGACCACAUGAAGAUGGAGCAUGGCAUGUCAAUGAAGAAAUUUCCAUGCCGGUUGUGUGAGCGCUCCUUUAGCUCAGCCAACAGCCUGCGUCGCCAUGUCCGUGUCGUUCACGAAGGCACCAAGAGAGUAUUCCAUUGCCAGUAUUGUUCAGAUGGUAAGCGAACAUUCAGCAGUCAGCUUAUCCUGGAUAAACACAUCCGAGUUAGACAUGGCAUCCGAUCUAGACAGCCUGCAGACAGACAGAAUGCCCCUAACACUAGAAAGCGCUCAGCUCCUGCUGAUGGGGCAGGCAGUUCCUCUGAGGUUGACUAUGAGGGUGAGGCUUCUGCUGCAGGAGGGACUGAUGCGACGGACACUGGAGGAGAGGACACUGUGAGUCCGGUGAAAAGAAUGCGGGCGUCUGAGAGCCGGCCUGCAGAGGAAGAAGCGGACGAUGGUACGUUCCGCUGCACACCGUGUGGCUUCAGCACACAGGACUGGGAGGAGUUUCAGCGGCACAUUCCCAGUCACUGUGAUUCCGAAUCCACCCUGCAGUGCCUGCAGUGCGGCGCCUGCUUUACUUCCUCUGGCUCCCUGAGUCGCCACCGUUUCAUCACGCACCGCUUACGGCACGACCACCAGGACAGCCGAGGUGGGAGCACGUCACCAGGCGUGUCGCCGAAGGACGGAUCGCCCUCAUCGCCCAAAGCGGGAGACGAGGGGGAGGGGGGUAUGAGCUGCAGAGUGUGCGGCCGGCGCUUUGAUAAAGCUUCGGACCUCAACACGCACUUCCGCACCCACGGAAUGGCGUUCAUCACAGCACAUAAGACAGACAAGCCCCUGUAAAAAAAAAAGAAAGAAAGCAGUUGUUAUUGGAACUAAGGUGAGGAGGAGAUGCACACCUGCAAUGAAGAGGAAAAAAAUGCUGCUAGAUGAACAGCUCUUUGUACCUUUUCACUCACUGGCCAGUCAGUGGAGUAGGUGGAGUUCUACUGAUGGGAGGAGGAUAGGCAGUAGAAGUUUUCUCUGUAAUGUCCAGCUCCUUUUUGUGUCUGCAUUUGUUCUACAAAGAUUUGCAUGAGUCACACCUAAAAAAGAACCUCACUCAACUGCAAACUCCUACCACCCAAAUAUAACAAUGCUGUGCCGUAGCUUUAAUGCAUGCAAUAAAUACGCUAUAUGUGGGUACGCUAUGAAAUUGGUAUGAACAAUCCAAUAAUAAAUACAGAAAAUACUAUCUUACAUACAGUCCUUACAGUAUAUUUAAGUCAACCAUUUAUGAACAAGCAACAUGAAGUAUAUUUUAAGACACAAUUCACAUUUUGAAUGCUUUUAAUUAGACAUUCUAGACAAUAGUCUUUCUCCAAAUAUAUUUAAAAUUUAAUUAAAAGGGGUAGAGGAAACUGUUUCCAUGCUUGAAAAAUAAAUUAAUGUAGAUUCUCUUGGUAAAAUGCAGCUUGAAUAAAAGUACUCAUCACUGUAAAUGUAGUAAAAUGUACUAAAAGUAUUUAAGGUACACUGACAUGCUCAGACGUCAGUGUGACAUGCCUGUUUGCAUGGACUAUUUUAGACAGAUGCUGCUCUUGACCCAGAUGUUGAUACACAAGUAACACUAUAGAUGUGGAACUUUAAAUUCCUUCACAACUCUGGAGAUCAUUGGACGCAUACUUAUACAGGAGUGAGUGUUUCCAUGCCUUCCUCUAAGUUAACACUUCAUAAUCAGUAUAUACACUGCUAUCCCAUGACUUUUAUUGAUUUAGAUGGUACAUUUUAGAUGCUUUAAAUGUAUUUAAAUUACUUUUGUUACAUCCAACUAAAUCUAUCUAUUAUAUUAAUAUAAUUUUAUGUUACUUGGACCCUGUAACAUGUAACACUAACAGUUUAGCAUUUUGAACAUAGUGGUUUCUACAUUGCUUAUAGCUAUUGUUUACAAUGCAAUUCAGUUAAAGGAGAAAUCCAGUGUGAAAUGGACUUGGGGUGUACAAGCUUCUGUUGAAUAGCCCACCUCCUUUUACCCCCAGCAUACCAAAAUACAGCUCUUUUAGUGGAUGAUUCAAACUGACUUACAAUGUUAAAGAUAGAGUUUCCCAUGCAAAGAAAUCACUAUUUUUAGACCAUUAACAAGCUCAAAGUAGCUCCAUACUCCAAUGGUAGAAUUCAAUGGUAGGGCUCUGACAUUUAAAACAAGGCACUGUUUAUAAACUCAGUAGUUUUAGGUAGUUUUCCGGAUGCCAAUAUCUUGAAAUUAAGUAACAAUUAGUCAACUGGCAAGCACAAAUUAAUAGGUAGGAUAUUGAAACAUACUGCAAAAUGAAUUAUGUUGAAAUGGAUGAAUUGCAGCUGUUGCUGGAAAGAUCUCUGUAAUAUUCAUACAUUUUUACAGAAUUGCAGAAUUUAUUUUGCAAUCUGUUCCUCUAUUCUACCUAUUAAUGGUGUAUAAAUAGUGAUUUCUUUGCAUGGGCAAUGCUAUCCUUCUAUAACUAGCAUUGUAGUUCUGUUGGGAGCAUCGGCUAAAAGCGCUGCAUUUCAGAAAGCUGGGAGCAAAAAGAGGUGGGCUAUUAGACAAUAGUUUGUACUUAUCGUACUUCACUACACCCCAAGUCACACCGGAGUUCUCCUUUAAAAGUUCUUUUGGAGUUCUUAACCAUACAGAAGGCAUUUUAAGAUUCUUUGAAGUAGUCAAAUAACUCAAAGUACUUUUAUCUAAGUAAUAUUUUACCAAGAGUAUUUUUGUACUGAAGUCUUGUACUUUACCCUCCCCUUCAAAGCUCUGUUUAUUGUUUUGGAUCUGAAAGUAAUAUACAGAUCUUACAUGUGAUUUGUCCUUCAUGUUGGAUAAAGUUGCUACUGUUCACACUAGUUAGGCUUCUGAUCCAGGGACUGCAUUAACACAGGUCAAAACAACCCACUCAGAGAUCAGUCGUUACAGCCAGAGCUGCUUAGCUGUUUUCAGCCGAGGACCACUGUUUCACCUGGAGCUGGAGUUCACAGAGCAUUAAAGCAAAAUAAAAAAGGGUGCUAGUGAAGGUUUUUCCUCUUUGUAUAAAACACUGACUUUUAAUAAUAAUUAUAUUGUAUCUACAUUGUACUAUUGAUAUUUAUUUAUAUGAAUCAUUCGUACUGAUUGUGAGUCAUUUGAUAACUUUCUGAACGUGGAAAUGAAAAGGUGACAAAUGUGGAUUUGUUUAUGUCAAAGAAUAGACUUUAAUAUAAGAAGAGAUAAACGGGGUCAUGUGGGUGAAAAGGCUUGCUAACUGCAAAUGAUGGUUAAAGUCAAAAGGUCAACAGUGAAGACGUCAACGACAGAAACCACUCGUGACUGGAUUUUGUCUCAACGGGCUAAUUAAGAUGUGUAUAAAUGCAGUACAUUAAUGGCUUGCUCUGGUUGUUUUGUUAGAAAACGUGAACAAGUUUAGUCUUUUGUAUUUGUAUAUUUUUUUUUUCCUUAGCCGAUUUCAGAUAUCAAUAACGUGGAAGUAUCGUUUCUGGGUAAGGAGCCUGAUGUAUUUUUUACAAAUUUAUUCAAACUAAAAAGGAGACAUUAAGUGUGAUGGAUUGCUGAUGCAUUUUAUUAAAUACAAAAACGUUUUUUUUUUUUUCUUUGAUAGUAGUCUUUUCUAUCCAAAGUGUCUGUGCUCGUUACAAGCCACAUUUCUUAAAAAUGCGAUAUGAACAUAUUGUGGUCAUGUGAGUCAUUUGUGUGUGAAUGUAUGUGUCUAAGCUUAAAGUCACAUGCUGUAUGUCAUUUUACAUAAGAAGAAAAACAGAUAUCUGUCAUAUUCUAUGAAGAACUUGGGUCUGCCUGCUUCACUGCCGUACACUUUGUGUCAAUUCUACCUUGUUUCUGAAUAAAAUGGCAAAUUGUCACAGUUCA